UCACGUCCAAAUUUGUCGGUUCAUACACCUCCGCGGCUCGGUACAAAUCCCAAAUUCCCCAAAUGAUUCACUGAGUCGACUCGACCUCCUCAUAUCCCAAGUGAGAUCUUCUUAUUGUUUAUCCGUUUGGUUCGUGAUUAUAAAUUUUAAAUCUUGCAAGAUGUUCUCAUACAGUUAUCGCUACAGAUUUCGUUCGAAUUGUUUGGUUGAAAUGUUUGGAUUAUGGAUUCAGGACCCUUGAUUUUGCUCUUUACUUGAUUAAGAACAUCUCGACGGAUUCUAAUUGGUUUUCUUAUUGUAUAAAUGUAGUUUUUGUCGAAUAAUACUGGAUUUAGGGCUUUUCGUGUAUAAAAACUGUUACUUUUGGCACAUCACCUGUGAGAUCAAUUUAAAAAACCAUUGAGGUUCUGAUCUAUAUCUGAUUCUCACUUAUGUCUUGAUUUCACCAUCUGAUAUUGAUCAGUUUAUCUGGAACUGAUGUUGUAAACCAUGUCUUGUCUGUGAAAAAACAAGCUCUGUGUUAUGUAUCUAAAUGUUGACACAUGAAUUUCAGUGUUUCACAAUGUCAUAAUUCUUGUUUUGUUACCUAUAUGCUAUUAGGUGUUAGCGUCUGAGUUCAAAUGAUCAUUUUAUAACCCUUAUGAUGUGACACUGAUUCCAAUUUUGAUUUUGGUUUCUCUCUAGAUUUUUUUGUUUGGGUUACAAAGCCAAAACGAGAGAUUACAAUGGCACCAUCACGUAACAUCGUUGUAGCCACCGGUUUGGUUCUUUUCGCAUCUGCAGGCUUAGCUUUCCCCUUUUACAUGGCAUCUUCGAAACAACCAGUUAUCGAUCCAACAAAACCAUUACCUCCUCAAGCAACUUUUAGAGGACCUUACAUAAACACAGGCUCACGCGAUGUUGGACCUGAUCAUCGAACUUACCCAAAGAAAUGAUCCAAUCAAGUCAAAACAAUUACGCAGGUGUUUUCAUUGUGAGCUUUGUAUUCAUAAGAUAAUAUCGUUUUGUAGUUUGUUCUCCAAUCCAUUUAAGUCGUUGUCCUUCAUGUAACACCAGUCCAACUUAACCAUUGAAUGUAACUGAAGAAACAGAUUUAUUCCUGCAUAAGAACUUGAUUUUUGAUUGUCUAAAAAGUUUUGAGACUCAAAAUCACAUAACUUGGACAAUACUUCUCAAAUCAAAG